AUGGACAAGAUCAGAGAAAAACUCAGCAACCUCAAACUCGAAGCUGAAAGCUGGCAGGAGAAGUACGAGGAGGUCAAGGAGCAAUUGAAGCAACUGGAACAGGAAAACACCGAGAAGGAGAACCAGAUCAAGUCGCUCACGACUAAAAACCAGCACUUGGAAGACGAGGUCGAGAAGCUGGAGUCUGGCCUGACAGAACACAAGCAGUUGUCUGAAGACUCCCACAAUUUGCGCUCGCACAACGAGAACUUCACCAAGAAGAACCAGCAAUUGGAAGAGGAGCUUGAAGAGAGCGAUUCCAAGCUCAAAGAAACCACAGACAAGUUGCGCGAAACUGAUCUCAAGGCCGAAGGUCUUGAGCGCAAAGUGGUGUCUCUCGAACAGGAGCGUGACGACUGGGAGAAGAAAUACGAAGAACUUACUUCCAAGUACGACGAGGCCAAGAAGGAGCUGGACGAAAUUGCUGCGUCGCUUGAAAAUUUAUGA